AUGAUUGGGUACGUACGCAUGAGACGAGCCGACGACGCCGUGGUGGAGGCCCAGCAACAGCAACCUGGCGCAAGAAUGGGGCGCAACGGUGGUGCGAGGCGCAAAGACGUUGCUGUGUAG